AUGUCGGAUGGCUCUGUCAGUUUCUUGCUGAAUGCGCCAGCACCGAGAUUUAGAGUGCACCUGCUGCUCAUCGUAGUGCUGGUACACGGGCUCUGCGACCUGUUGAGGUACACCUUCACGAAGCUGGGCGAGCUCUUUGACAAAGUAAACUUUAAGCUGACGAAGAAGCACCCGCAGAAGCUGACACUCAAGGACUUCAACAACUUUGAAACGGUGCUCAGAAGCGGAAACAUGACGCCUUUCAGACUCCUCAAGGGACUGACGGUGGUGCUGGUCUUCCUGUGCGAGUUCUUGCUCCCAUACUACCUGUUCAACAAGUCGACAAAGGUGCUCAGGACCAACUUUGAGAGGCAAGUGCACUCCUACGGGCCGCUGACGCUGGUGACCUGCAGAGUUCCGGACCCCAGGGACUUUUUCAGAGGAAAGAAGGAGUUGGAAGCACUGGUCCACGAGGAGUUGGAGGCCGAGAAGCAGUUUUCACUAAACUUAGGUGAACUGUUUGAAAGUCUUCAUGAUCUGGAGGAUGACGAUCCAGUAAAGGUCCAAGAAAGAGUAAACCAGCAGCUGGAAAAGGACACAAGGAAGAAGAGAGCAACGACGAUGGAUGAAAAGACUGACGCACUUAAUUUGAACUCAUUUAACCGAUUCGUUGCAUUCACACUAUCCAAAGUGGCGUUACACGGACUUUAUAUCUCAUUCCACGCCCUAAUAUCACCACAUAACCAGAACGCCUUCAUUAACUCAUUUAGAAAGAGAAAAGCAUAA